UUGUUUCCAGGGGAACAUUUUUGUCUGGCUCCAGAAAGCUCAACCAGGAAGUGUUUUUAUUCACUCGUCGAUGUAUCUAAGAUUAAAAAUCACUGAGUACAGAUAAAAGACAUUAGAAAAAAUGUUCUUUGGCUAUGCACUGUAUCGUUGCAUGUACUGUUCCUGUCGCAAUUUUGAGCCCGUACAGAUUUAAAAGAAAUACCAACUAUAAUGUACGCAUUUGCUUGGGGAAAGUAACCGGACAGCUCCACUCACAAGGUGAGUUUGUGCGAUCAAAUUACGACCUAGAAAUGUGUGAAAUCUGUUCCCGAGGACAAUGGAAUGGCGGGACGUCCUCAGUAAACGCAGGUAGAAAAACGGAUGAGAUUCGUGUUUUACUUUCACGGAACUCCCAGCUGACUACCGGGCAGAAGGCCGAGUGCACCCUGAACUGAAUAAAUGGAGGGGACGUCGAAAAGCGCCACGGGCGAUCAACCGUCGAUCGUUGCCGCUCAAGUCCCCUUCCUUCACCUGUGUAACACUUUGGAAAAAAUCCAGAAAUUGAAACUCCGCCCAGAAAAGUCCAAGACCCUCGGGGAUUUUAUUGUGUCAUGGAGAACGUUCCACGCUGCCCUGCAUAAGGACGAGCCCAAAACAACCGACUCUUUCUACCCGGCGAUGCGUCUCAUUGUUCCCUCAUUCGAGCGAGAGCGAAUGGCUUACGGCAUCAAAGAAAACAUGCUCGCUAAACUUUACAUCGAUGUAUUAUGCCUCCCGAAAAACGGUCCCGAAGCCAACAAGCUAUUGAACUACCGCACACCGACCGCGUCUCAAGGAGAGUCCGGAGACUUUGCCGGCAUGGCGUAUUUUGUGCUCAAGAAGCGCUGCACCGGCCAGGGAAAGCUCAGCAUCAAGGAAGUCAACGACUUUCUUGACUCGGUCGCGCUCAACAAUGCGAGCAAGAAGAAAGACCUUGUGAAAACCAGCCUGCUGCACCUCAUCACGCAGAGCUCCGCCCUUGAGCAAAAAUGGCUCAUCAGAAUGAUCCUGAAGGACAUGAAGCUCGGCGUGAGCAAGGAAACGGUCCUUCAAGUCUUCCACCCGGAUGCCGCCGAGCUCUACAACGUGACCACGGACUUGGACAAAGUGUGCCGGCAGCUCCACGACCCCUCGGUGUCUUUGAGCGAAGUUUCCAUCGGCCUUUUCUCCGCCUUCAAACCCAUGUUGGCUGCCGUGGCGAACAUCGGCGGCAUUGAGAAGCAGAUGGGAAACAGCCCUUUUUACAUUGAAACCAAGUUGGAUGGGGAGCGGAUACAACUCCAUAAAGACGGCGACGUGUACAAGUACUUCAGCCGGAACGCCUUUGACUACACGCAGCAGUUCGGCGGCUCGCCCCGCGAGGGUUCGCUGACGCCGCACAUCCACAAAGUCUUCCAAAGCCACGUCGUCAAUUGCAUCCUCGACGGGGAGAUGAUGGCUUACAACCCCACCGCAAAGACUUUCAUGCAGAAAGGGAGCAAAUUCGACAUCAAGAGACUCGUGGAUGAUUCCGAGUUGCAGACUUGCUUCUGCGUCUUUGACGUGCUCUUAGUCAACUCCCAGAAGCUCGGCAAGGAAACGCUGAAGAAGCGCUACGAGAUCCUGCAGACGGUUUUCACUCCGGUGACCGGCCGCAUCCAUUUGGUGCUGAAAACGGAGGCCCGGACCACGCGGGACGUGGUGAAUUCCCUCAACGACGCCAUUGACCACCGAGAAGAGGGCAUCAUGGUGAAGGAUCCUCUCUCCGUCUACAAACCGGACAAGCGAGGCGAGGGCUGGCUGAAGAUCAAGCCGGAAUACGUGGGCGGCCUGAUGGAUGAGCUGGACGUUCUGAUUGUCGGCGGCUACUGGGGGAAAGGGAGGAGGGCCGGCAUGAUGUCCCAUUUCCUGUGCGCCGUUGCGGAAGCUCCGACGGUUGGCGACAAACCUUCGGUUUUCCACACGCUCUGUCGCAUCGGCUCGGGCUACACCAUGAAGGAGCUGUACGACCUCGGCCUGAAGCUCGCAAAGCACUGGAAAGUCUACCGUAAAAACGACCCCCCGGCCAACAUCCUGUGCGCGACCGAGAAGCCCGAGGUGUACAUCGAGCCUUGCAACUCGGUCAUCCUUCAGGUGAAGGCGGCCGAGAUAGUCGGCAGCGACAUGUACAAAACCAACUGCACCCUGCGCUUCCCGAGGAUCGAGAAGAUCCGCGACGACAAGGAGUGGCACCAGUGCAUCACCCUCGCCGAGCUGGAGCAGUUCCGCGGCAAGGCGUCGGGCAAACUGGCCUCGCGCCACCUUUGCAUCGACGCCGCCGACGAGCCGCGGAGGAAAAGACCGAAGCUGCCCGCCAGAUCCAAGAAGGCGCUCAGUGACCUCUACAAGCCGCAGGAUCUCUCCGGGGUCGCCAAGGAGACGGACAUCUUUGAGGACGUGGAGUUCUGCAUCCUCAACGGGACCGCCGAUCACCCCAAGGCCGAGUUGGAGAAAGCCGUGGCCAGGUGCGGCGGUAUCGUCGUUCAGAACCCGGGGCCGGAAACGUAUUGCGUCAUCGCCGGACUGGAGAACAUGCGUGUGAAGAAUCUGAUUUUGUCCGACCGGCACGAUGUGGUGCGGGCCCCCUGGCUGGUGGAGUGUCUGGAGCAGAAGCGGGUGGUUGCGUGGCAGCCGCGCCACAUGAUCCACAUGUCGCCCUCCACCAAGGAACACUUCGCCAAGGCCUACGACGGCUACGGCGACAGCUACUUCCUGGACACGGACGAACGGCAGCUGAGGGAAGUGUUCGGGCGCGCGGGAGGGGUGGACGGCCCGGCGGCCGUCGACGUCGGCCGAGUCGAGGAGCGUUACGGCUGGGGCGACCUUCCCACCAGUAUGUUCAGACCUUUCAGGGUUUACAUGGACGACUACGCCGACGUCAACGACCCCGCCAGCGUCAUUUCCGCAAGCGGUUUGGAUAUCAGGGCCCUGGAGUUUCGUUACCACGGAGGCACGGUGGUCGAGAAGUUGGAGGAAGGCGUGUCGCACGUCGUCGUCAUGGCCGAAAGCAGACUUGAGCGUUUGAGGGGAUUGAGGCGCGGCUUUCGAAAGAAGUUCAAAAUCGUCCGAGACUCCUGGGUGACGGACUCAAUCCAAGCGGGGCACCUGAUGAACGACGACAACUAUUUAGUCUGAAAAGCCUCCCCCCCGGGAUACGCGGCCUUGGGAUUCCGUCCUCGGCGCUGGCGGCCGCGUUGUGAAUGCGGAUGUAUUUGUCGCCUAGUGUCGCGGGGAUCGACAGAAAUUGAGGACGAUGCCGCCGAUGAUCCCGAUUGGACUUUUUAGCUCAGCAAGUUUCUGGAAAUUGUCAUGACGUCAUUUCCACCUUGUCACUUGUCUGCCUGUGCGUUUUUUUUGUCUCGCACAAAAAUCUAGUAAUUCAGAAUCAAUGCGUCGUUCGGCGAGUCAAAUCAUGUAAAAAUAUUUUUAAAAAAA